AUGGCGGGCCGGCGGGCCGGGGCCGGGACCGGGGUCUGGACGCUGCUUGCGCUGCUGGCGCUGCGGGCGCUCGGCGCCGCGGCGCACCCGCAGUGCCUGGACUUCAGGCCGCCCUUCCGGCCCCCGCAGCCGCUGCGCUUCUGCGCGCAGUACUCGGCCUUCGGCUGCUGCGCUCCCGAGCACGACGCGGCGCUGGCCCGGCGCUUCGGGGCCCUGGCGGCGCGCGUGGACGCCGCGAUUUGGGCCGAGUGCGCCGGCUACGCGCUUGACCUGCUGUGCCAGGAAUGCUCGCCGUAUGCGGCCCACCUCUACGACGCAGAGGAUCCGUCCACGCCCCUGAGGACCGUGCCCGGGCUCUGCGAGGACUACUGCCUGGACCUGUGGCAGUCGUGCCGGGGCCUCUUCCGCCACCUGUCGCCCGACCGCGAGCUCUGGACGCUGGAGGGCAACCGCGCCAAGUUCUGCCGCUACCUGUCCCUGGACGACACGGACUACUGCUUCCCGCACCUGCUGGUCAAUGAGAACCUCAACUCCAACCUGGGCCGUGUGGUGGCCGACGCCAUGGGCUGCCUGCAGCUAUGUCUGGAGGAGGUGGCCAAUGGGCUGCGCAACCCCGUGGCCAUGGUCCACGCCCAGGACGGCUCCCACCGCUUCUUCGUGGCCGAGCAGCUGGGGCUGGUGUGGGUCUACCUGCCGGAUCGCUCGCGGCUGGAGAAGCCCUUCCUGAACAUCAGCCGGGCCGUGCUCACCUCGCCCUGGGAGGGUGACGAGCGGGGCUUCCUGGGCCUCGCCUUCCACCCCCGCUUCCGGCACAAUGGCAAGCUCUACGUCUACUACUCAGUGGGUGUGGGCUUCCACGAGUGGAUACGCAUCAGCGAGUUCAGGGUCUCAGAGGAUGACAUGAACGCUGUGGACCACGACUCGGAGAGGAUAAUCCUGGAGAUCGAAGAACCAGCCUCGAACCAUAAUGGGGGCCAGCUGCUCUUUGGGGAUGAUGGGUACCUCUACAUCUUUACUGGAGAUGGCGGGAUGGCUGGAGACCCCUUUGGAAAGUUUGGAAAUGCCCAAAACAAGUCGGCGCUGCUGGGCAAGGUGCUGCGCAUCGACGUGAACCGCAACGAGCGCGGCCCGCUCUACCGCAUCCCGUCCGACAACCCAUUCGUGGGCGACCCCGCCGCGCGGCCAGAGGUCUACGCCCUCGGGGUGCGCAACAUGUGGCGCUGCUCCUUCGACCGCGGCGACCCGGCGUCGGGCGCGGGCCGCGGGCGCCUCUUCUGCGGCGACGUGGGCCAGAACAAGUUCGAGGAGGUGGACCUGGUGGAGCGCGGCCGCAACUACGGCUGGCGCGCCCGCGAGGGCUUCGAGUGCUACGACCGCAAGCUGUGUGCCAACACCUCCCUCGAUGAUGUGCUGCCGAUUUUCGCCUACCCGCACAAACUGGGCAAGUCGGUCACUGGGGGCUACGUGUACCGGGGCUGCGAGUACCCGAACCUGAACGGCCUCUACAUUUUCGGAGACUUCAUGAGCGGGCGUCUGAUGUCCCUCCGAGAGAACCUGGGGACAGGCCAGUGGCGGUACAACGAGAUCUGCAUGGGCCGUGGCCAGACCUGUGCGUUCCCGGGCCUCAUCAACAACUACUAUCCACACAUCAUCUCCUUCGCGGAGGACGAGGCCGGGGAGCUGUACUUCAUGUCAACGGGCGUGCCAAGUGCCACAGUGGCACGUGGGGUUGUCUACAAAGUGAUCGACCCCUCCAGACGGGCACCACCCGGCAAAUGUCAGAUCCAAGCCGCCCACGUGAAGGUCCGGGGCCGCCUCGUCCACUUCGUGCCCAAAGAAAAGUUCAUCCGGAGGAUGGAGAGCACCCCGCGGCCCAGGGCGCCCGCGCCCACCAAGGCUCCCCGCCGCAGCCGCCCCACAACCCCUCCACUUGCGCCCACCCUGCGGCCGGCACGACCCACCCCGCGGCCCGGGCGCCGUCGGGGCGGCGGGCGGCGGCGGGGACGGCUGGGCACCGCGGUCCCCGAGCCCUCGAACGGCGCCGUGCGCCUGGUGCGGCCCCCGGGCCUGAGUCCAGGCCGCGGGCGCGUGGAGGUGUUCGCGGGUGGACGUUGGGGCACCGUGUGCGAUGACGCCUGGGACACCAAGGGCGCUGCCGUCGUGUGCCGCCAGCUGGGCUUCGCGUACACCGUGCGGGCCACCAAGCGUGCUGAGUUCGGCGAGGGCCACACGCUGCCCAUCCUGCUGGACGACGUGCGCUGCACAGGCAGUGAACGCAACCUACUGGAGUGCGCGCAUGCCGGCCUGGGUUCCCACAACUGCGACCACCAGGAGGACGCCGGCGUCGUGUGCAGCCGCGAGAACCCCGAUCUGUAGGCGAGCAUCGUCUGUCUGGCCAGCCGGGCUAUCCAUUGUGCGUCCAGAGCCCGUCCAACCUGUGCGCGCCUGCAAAAACUCCUAUAUAUGUAUCCUGGCUCCACCUUGACCUCUUUGGAACAGUUCCCGAGCUAUCUGAGAGGCUGUCUCCCAGGCUAUAGUCCGCAGCAAUGUCCCCAAGUAAAACAUA